AGAGGGGUGGAGGAUGCACUGAAUGGAGGUCAGUGAGGGAUUGGCAGAGAGGGAUGGAGGACACUGAAUGGAGGCCAGUGGAGGGAUUGGCAGAGAGGGGUGGAGGAACUGAAUGGAGGUCAGUGGAGGGAUUGGCAGAGAGGGAUGGAGGACACUGAAUGGAGGCCAGUGGAGGGAUUGGCAGAGAGGUGGAGGACACUGAAUGGAGGCCGGGAAAAGAUUGGCAGAGAGGGGUGGAGGACACUGAGUGGAGGCCACUGGAGGGAUUGGCAGAGAGGGGGUGUAGCGGCGGUGGGAGGUGUGUUGCAGGAGGUUGGAGGUGUUGCGGAGGUUGGAGAGCCUGCGGGAGGAGAUGCUGCGGAGGUUGGGAUGCUGCGGAGGUUGGACUAAGUGUGCGGUUGGUUGGAGGUGUAGCGGAGGCUGGAGGUGGUGGUAGCGGAGAUUGGAGUGUUGCGGAGGUUGUAGAUGUUGCGGAGGUUGGAGGUGUUGUCAUGGAGGGGAGGGACUGAUGGUUGUAUUAUUGAUCUUUGAUGGAGAAGUCGGG